AUGUUGUAUUGCUGUGAGCCACUCAUUACAGCCACAGAGGUGACUCUCAAACCCCUCGAGAAGGCACACAACCAAGCAUUACGACUAAUUACUGGAGGGGUGAAAUCAACACCCAUUGAUUCAAUGCUCCUAGUUACAGGAAGCACCACAAUAUGUUCCCUUAUCAAAGAGAAGGCCUUGAUCCUGUAUGAGAAGCUACUGCCCAUUCCCAUGGACAAGUUCUUCAGCACCUAUGAGAAUAGACCAAGACAUCUGAAAAUGCAAUCUGACACUGAUGUAGUGUGUUGCACCCAACUGCUUGACUUCUUCAGGAAAUCAAACACCCAUCCAGAGCAAGUGCGCUCACUGACCCUUGAGACAAUCAAUGUCAAUGAGCUUGCUGACACACUUGCUAAGAAGGGGACAACGAUUUUGCAAUGCGUGGACCGGCCGAUGUCUUUUCACACAAUGAAGGACUUAAUCAGAAGAGAAUUCCACACCGCAAGGUGCAACGAACUUAAAGUUCGAACAAAGGAGAAACAGUGGACAGUGGCACUCUCCGAUAUAACCGACUGGCCAAGAAUCGAAGCCGUUGCUGAGUUUAGACUACGUACCGGACACGAUUGCUUGGCAAAACAUCUUCACAGAUUGGGAGUAUACACUCAACCCACAUGCCCUCUAAGUAACCUACAGGAGGAAAUGGAGAAGACCCACCUGAUUCGAUGUCCAGCCCUAAAGACAACGACGGAAAGCCAGAAAUACCGGGAAGCAAGAAGACGGCUAAUGAACUGCUAUUAA